AUGAUUCGCGUGGUGCAUGAGAUUGUGUUGGUUUUGAUUCGUGGUUUCCCAGAAAUUAUAAGGUCACUUUAUGAUCAUGAUCUAUUUGCAGAAGAGACCAUUCUUCACUGGUUUCGUAAAGGAAUAGGCCCAAAGGACAAUGGCACCGCGACAACGUCGGCAUUUGACAGAGUGGGUAGAUCUGCUUCGCCUCUAGAGAAACGCUUCCACAAGGAGAUCUACUUAGCCUCUAGAUCGGCGUCUGACGAAGUGGGUAGAUUUGAGCAGUGUUUUAAUCGAGAUUGGCAAAGUAGAUCCACAAGGAGAAAUACUACCACACCACCUCCAGAGCGUCGUCGCCUCCAGAGCACCAUGAUGCAGAAACACUGCCGACGCCACCACCAGAGCAUCGUCGCCACUUCAUUUCACCGCCGCAACUCGUUGGAGGUGGUGCUCUGGCGAGGGCGUGCUCCCAAGGAAAGAGACAGGAGGGUGAGGAAGAGAGGGAGAGUGAAAUAA